UCUCCCAGCAGAUCCCCUGCCCUCUCCCUCUCCCUCUCCCUCGGGCGCUCGGCACAAGAUCCAACUCAACAAUUUUCUCUCUCACGAGAUCUGAGAGAGCUUCAACUUCAGCCAUGGCUUUGAUGGCCGUUCUUGAAUCUGAUCUUCGCGCUCUUUCCGCCGAAGCUCGCCGUCGCUAUCCAGCCGUCAAGGACGGCGCAGAACACGCUAUAUUAAAGCUUCGAUCAGUGUCGAGUCCAAGUGAGCUGGCGCAGAAUGAAGAUAUACUACGGAUUUUUUUAAUGGCUUGUGAAGUUAGAACCGUGAAACUUAGUGUUAUUGGACUUUCUUGUAUACAGAAGCUUAUAUCUCAUGAUGCGGUUUCUCAGUCGGCUCUAAAGGAGAUUUUUUCUACGUUAAAAAAUCAUGCUGAAAUGGCAGAUGAGAGUGUUCAACUGAAGACUUUGCAGACGAUAUUGAUAAUAUUUCAAUCACGUUUAUUUCCUGAAAAUGAGGACAAUAUGGCUCAAGCACUUGGUAUCUGUCUUCGGCUUCUUGAAAACAGCAGAUCUUCUGACAGUGUGCGGAAUACUGCUGCAGCUACCUUCAGACAAGCAGUAGCCUUGAUUUUUGAUCAUGUGGUUCAAGUUGAGUCUCUUCCUGUGGGGAAGUUUGGUUCUGGAGGUCACCUCUCUCGAACCAGUUCAGUUACUGGCGAUGUUAAUCGCAGUAUGAAUCAUUCAGAGUCAUUGGAUCAUGAAUUUACUUCUGGAGGGCCAUCAUUGAUGAGGGAGACCCAAACGAAUGUUGGAAAGAUUGGGCUUCGAUUGCUUGAAGACCUGACAGCUCUUGCUGCAGGUGGAUCUGCAACUUGGUUACAUGUCAAUUCUCUUCAACGAACAUUUGCGCUGGAUAUACUUGAGUUCGUUCUCUCCAAUUAUGUGUUUGCUUUCAGAAUGUUAGUUUCCUACGAACAGGUUCUACGUCACCAGAUUUGUUCUCUUAUAAUGACUUCACUGAGGACCAAUGCUGAGGUUGAAGGGGAAGCAGGGGAGCCUUAUUUUCGACGUCUGGUCUUGCGGUCAGUUGCUCAUAUUAUCAGGCUUUACAGUUCAUCACUUAUUACUGAAUGUGAGGUUUUCCUUAGUAUGUUAGUGAAGGUUACUUUUCUUGAUCUGCCAUUGUGGCAUCGCAUUCUAGUUCUUGAGGUCUUAAGGGGAUUUUGUGUGGAGGCACGAACAUUGCGAAUUCUUUUCCAGAACUUUGAUAUGCAUCCCAAGAACACAAAUGUUGUGGAGGGUAUGGUCAAAGCUCUUGCUCGAGUUGUUUCAAGUGUACAGAUGUUUAAAAAUGUUUUCCAUCUACCUUGUAGGCAUCCCAAGAACACAAAUGUUGUGGAGGGUAUGGUCAAAGCUCUUGCUCGAGUUGUUUCAAGUGUACAGUUUCAAGAGACCAGUGAGGAGAGCCUGGCAGCUGUUGCAGGGAUGUUUAGUAGCAAAGCUAAAGGGAUUGAGUGGAGCCUUGAUAAUGAUGCGUCCAAUGCUGCGGUCUUGGUUGCUAGUGAGGCCCAUGCAAUAACUUUAGCAAUUGAAGGUUUGUUGGGUGUUGUCUUUACUGUAGCUACAUUGACAGAUGAAGCAGUUGAUGCAGGGGAGCUUGAAUCCCCUAGAUGUGACUAUGAUCCUUUGCCUAAGUGCACCGGGAAGACUGCAGUUCUUUGCAUCUCAAUGGUUGAUUCUUUGUGGUUGACCAUACUUGAUGCUUUGUCUCUUAUUUUGUCAAGGUCACAAGGAGAGGCUAUUAUACUGGAGAUAUUGAAGGGAUACCAGGCAUUCACUCAGGCAUGUGGGGUUCUCCAUGCCGUAGAACCUUUAAACUCAUAUUUGGCUUCCCUUUGCAAAUUUACUAUCAGUUUUCCCAAUGAAGCAGACAGAAGAAGUUUGUCACAAUCUCCUGGGCCAAAGCGAUCAGAAUCAUUGGUAGAUCAGAAGGAUAACAUUGUCCUUACUCCCAAAAAUGUGCAGGCCUUAAGGACUCUCUUCAAUAUUGCUCAUCGAUUACACAAUGUAUUAGGUCCAUCUUGGGUUUUGGUAUUGGAAACCUUGGCUGCUCUGGACCGAGCUAUCCAUUCUCCUCAUGCCACCACACAGGAAGUCUCCACAGCGAAGCUUACACGGGAAUCUUCGGGCCACUACAGCGACUUCAAUAUUCUCUCUUCUUUGAAUUCUCAGCUGUUUGAGAGCUCAGCAUUGAUGCACAUAUCUGCAGUUAAAGCCCUACUCUCUGCACUACGGCAGCUGUCACAUCAAUGGGUAGAGCCUUUGUGGGAUGAAGUUGUUGGCCACUUUCUUGAGCUUGCUGAUAAUUCUAGUCACCAUUUACGAAAUAUAGCACUUGAUGCACUAGAUCAAUCGAUAUGUGCAGUGUUAGGUUCGGAACAGUUCCAGAAUAAUGCGCUAUCUCAUGGCCCCUCUAAAGAAGUGAGAACUUUCACCUUUUUUUGUGGAUGGAAGGCCCCAUAUUCUUUAGACAAGUUGAGAUCGCUUGAGUGUGCUGUUAUAUCUCCACUAAGGGUUCUUUAUUUUUCUACUCAAAGCACUGAUGUCCGAGCUGGAACCUUGAAAAUUCUUCUGCAUAUUUUGGAGAGAUGUGGAGAAAAAUUGCACUAUAGUUGGUCAAAUAUACUUGAAAUGUUGAGGUCUGUUGCGGAUGCAUCGGAGAAGGACCUUGUCACCUUGGGAUUCCAGAGCCUUCGUGUCAUCAUGAAUGAUGGUCUUUCCAGUAUACCUGCAGACUGCCUCUACGUGUAA